AUAGUCAAGACCCAUCAUUUUUUGAACCUAAAACCAGUUAAACCGGGUAUUUCGGAUGUCCUAUCGAGUCUUGGGUUUGGUCGGGUUGGGUCUAAGACCCGUGGAUCCUAUACAACAAGACCGAAUGGGGUAAAAUGACAUUAAUUUAUCCAUAUCCUACUAAAGCUGAUUUUUCAGAUUUUUGGAUCCGGGUAAAAUGCUCGGGCCUAGUCACUCUUUUACAGAAAUGUAGGCUUAAUAUUUCACUAAACAAACCACAAAGAUAUCUAACACAGAGUUAACUAACGCUAAAAGAACAAUAACGAGUCAGGAAAUCUAGAACUAGAAGUCGACAUCUUCGGAGAAUCUAGUGGAAUUUUUUUUGAAUACUAUAUGAUUGUAUCCGAUCAUUACAGAGUAAAACUUUAGGCAAUUUAGGAAUAUCACUUUGUUAGUUACCGGAUCUGCACUCUCCAGUCUCCAGUUUACGAUCGUGCGUAAUCGUUCAGACAAUUCAAGAUAUUUCGGCCGACAUGCAUGCCAAAUCGUAAGGUUUGGUCGCUGUGUGGUUGCUUACCUAAACAAGGGUCCCCCGUAAACAAUCAGUAUGAACAAAACACAAUGGGCUCUUCGAGUUGUGCAUUAAUGUGGUUACUUUCAUUUGAAAGCGAAUGUUUAUAUGUAUAAAUGUAUUUAAUGUUAGAGGAAAAAAAUGAUCAACGUUAUGCUCUAAGAAAAGUCUUAGGAAAAAAAGGUUUGCUUCAAAAUUUCACAACAAUCUUAAAAAACAUUAGUUUUCUUUUUCAGUCAUGCCAACACGUAACCUAUAAAAUUGAAUUCAACGACGGAGAAAAAACAGUGAUUGGACAAGAAGAGAGGAAAAUUCAGUGCAUUCUAGAUUAUUAAUAUUUUUUUACAUAAAAAUGAACAACAUUUAAUUACAACUUAUUUUCGAUAAAGGAUGGGCUUCUUGAAAAUAUGAAUGAAGUCUCACCUUACGUUUCCAUGAAUAAAAUCUGAGUGUAUUCAAAACUUUUUCCAUUAUAUCAGAAUUCGAUAAUAUAGUUAUUCUAAACCAAACCCUAAAGUAGCAUCGAGAUAUAUAUGUUGAUGUGGAAUAGGAAACUGUAAUAGCAGCCUGUAUUAUAGCAGCCUGUAUUUCAAUCUGUUUUCUUGACCAUGAGAUAGAGUCCUCCAAUACUUGAUUACCAUAAUCUAUAGUAAGUUGCGUUACAAGUUCCAUAUAUUAAAAUAUAUUUCAAAGAAAAAAUCGCAUAAGCUAUUCAAAUUGCACCACCAUAUUUGAAAAAAAAAUCAAAGUAAACAUAUAUGACAAAAAUCCAAUUUUAAAUGAAAAAUUCAACGGAUUUAUUUUGAUAAAAGUUUUCCCUGACCCUGACGAAAUUUUUUUCUAUAAAUUGAGAUCAACGUAGAAGCGUAAGUCAUAUUACAUCAAAACAAAAACAAAACAAAAAAAAAAAUAUGAAAGAAGCACUAUCCAUAUUGUGUCUUGUUCUUCUUGUUUCGGUUUCCGAAGCAGCAAUAACGAAACCACAUUUUGGAAACUUCAUCAAAUGCCUUCGCUCUCGCACUAAUCCGGAGAAUCCCAUCAACGAUGCCAUCUUCACCGCCGAGAACACUACCACCUUCUUGUCUUCUUACGUGUCCUACACGAAAAACAAGAGGUUCACGAGCCCUAACUACAAAACACUGAUGGCCAUUGUCACGGCAAAACAUGUGUCUCAUGUUCAAGCCACGGUGGUCUGCGCAAAGUCCAAUGGCUUCCAGCUCCGUAUCAGGAGCGGCGGUCACGACUACGAGGGGCUUUCUUACAUGUCCUCAGUGCCAUUUGUCAUCCUCGAUAUGUUCAACCUUAGGUCUAUAACCGUUGACGUGUCAAGCAAGAAAGCUUGGGUUCAAGCUGGUGCGACCUUGGGAGAGCUCUACACAAAGAUCAACGAGGCAAGCAAAACGUUAGCGUUCCCAGCUGGCGUCUGCGCUACCGUAGGAGCAGGAGGACACAUCAGCGGUGGAGGGUACGGUAACCUCAUGAGAAAAUACGGAAUCACGGUGGAUCAUGUUGUUGAUGCUCAAAUAGUCGAUGUCAACGGCAAGCUCUUGAACCGAGCUAGCAUGGGAGAAGAUCUCUUUUGGGCCAUUCGUGGUGGUGGUGGUGGGAGUUUCGGAGUUAUCCUCUCUUGGAAAAUUAACCUCGUGGAGGUUCCAAGGAUCAUGACAGUGUUUAGGGUUAACAAAACAUUGGAACAAGGAGGCACUGAUGUUCUCUACAAGUGGCAGCUUGUCUCAACCAAACUUCCAGAAACUCUUUUCAUCAGAGCAAUGCCUCAGGUCGUAAAUGGAACGAGACGUGGGGAGAAAACCAUCGCGGUUGUGUUCUAUGCUCAGUUCAUGGGGAGAGCCGAUGAGCUUAUGGCUAUAAUGAACCAGAGCUUGCCUGAACUAGGGCUAAAACGUGAAGACUGUCAAGAAAUGAGCUGGCUCAACACAACCUUGUUUUGGGCUGAUUAUCCCGCCGGUACACCGACAAGCAUCCUCUUAGAUAGACCAUCGAGUCCCGGAGAUUUCUUCAAGAGCAAGUCAGACUACGUCAAGAAACCUAUCCCUAAAGAAGGCAUGGAGAAGCUUUGGGCGACAAUGUUAAAAUUCAAGAACGUUGUGUGGAUGCAGUGGAACCCUUACGGCGGCGUGAUGGACCGUAUUCCGGCGACCGCCACGGCUUUUCCUCACCGGAAAGGAAACUUGUUCAAGAUUCAGUACUUUACUACAUGGUUGGACGCAAACACCACAGAGGCUAGUCUUAAUAUGAUGAGGGAGUUUUACGAGGUUGCUGAACCGUAUGUGUCAAGUAACCCGAGAAAGGCGUUCUUUAACUAUAGAGACAUGGAUGUUGGAAACAAUCCGAGUGGUCAGACAAACGUUGAUGAAGCUAAGAUCUAUGGUUCGAAAUAUUUCUUGGGGAAUUUGAAGAGGCUGAUGGAAGUUAAAGCCAUGUAUGAUCCUGAGAACUUCUUCAAGAACGAGCAGAGUAUUCCUCCUGCUCGUGUAAACUAGUAGAGUUACUCAAAUUCAUUUAUCAGGUGUAAUACGUUACGUGUGCAUGUGUUAUAAGCCUAUAUUGCUUUCGUUAUUGUAUCAUUUGCAUUAUGAUCAUUCAGUUGUAUUUAUGCAUAACAUAAUAAAGAAUUUCACGGAAUCGAUUCUCCUUGCAGAUAUUUGGAUUGAUCGGUUAGUACGUACUAAAAGGGAUUAGAAUAGUAGAAGCCUUUAAUUAGGCCUAAAAAGUUAAAAGACAUAAAGAUUAGCCGAAGCCUAACCCGGAUUAGAAUAGCCGAAGCCUAACCCGUUAUAAAUCAUACCAGAAGAAGUAGUUUUAGGCUUUUAGCCCUAAUCAGCAAUGGUUACAUGCUUAUGUUUUCAAAUAGUAGAAUUCGACCUAACUACAACAAUCUUGUGGGCUUUCUUGAGAUGGUUUAACGUUUACCAUUUGUUUUGGAUUGAUCGGUUAGUACUAAAAGGGAUUAGAAUAGUAGAAUGUCAAUGAUUAGAACUCAAAAAGUUUUGCAGUGAAUGUCAAUGAUUAGAACUCAAAUAGUUUUGCAUAAGUUAUACCAAUUCAAGAAACUUUUAAACCCAAAAGCACUAUAUAUGUUUUUGUAUACAUUGAUUUCUAAUAAUUGCCUUCAUUGCAAAAGCAAUCGUAUACGGUAAACCAAUUCUAGUUAAAAAAUCAAAUAUUUUUACAAAAAGUAUUAUUUUUAGCGUUUGGGUGUACACAAAACGAACCCGUAUAUGUUUACAGUUUACAUAGAAAGCAUUGUUUAACGUUUGGGUGCAAAAUAAAAAAAAAUCCAUGUCUACGAAAAAGGUUAACCGUAAUGACUUGAGCUUAAAAAAAAGAUUUGAGCUUAAUUUCUUGAAUUGGUUUACGUACACGUUUGCUUUUAAACCAAUUGAGAAUUUUGAAAAAAAUCCGCAUGAAGGCUUUUUGUAUUAAACUGGUAUAAAACCGUUUAGUCAAGCUGACCCAGAUGUUCUCUUUCUUGGAAAAUUGCUUAAAAUACUUAACUACCACAUAAAAAAAAAUAUAAUCAAUCAAAAAUAUUGUAGCAUUUAGAUUUAUAAUUACUGAUUAUUAUUUAGGGUUUAUUAUUUAUGGGGUGAGGUUGAGUUUAUAAAUGUUUUAUAAUUUAUUCUUACAUUUUACAAAUAAUUUAGGACAGUUAAGUAUUUUACCGCAAAUUUAAGGUAUUAUGAAAAUAGUUAUUUUCUAAUGAUAAAUUGGAAACAUAGUAUUGGUAAAAUUGAAAUUUCCUAUUUUUAAUAUUUUCACCAAUUCUUUUUUCUUUUCGCAUGUACACUUUCAUUAAUUUGAGGGUAAAAAUAGUAAGAUAGUUAAAGUGUUUGGCUACUUCAAAUAAGUUUUUAAUGUUUUUGGUUAAUGAUGAUAAUUUGAAAUAGUUUUGUAAAUGUUUCACCUUUUAUUUCAUUAUUGCUGUUACUAUUUUUCAUAUAUUUUAUGUGCUAUAAUACUAAAUUUUAAUAAGGUUGCUUAUAUAAGAUUGAUGUUUUGGAUUUUAAUUAUGUAUUGAAAGAUUGAUGUUUUAGAAUAUAGUCAACGAACUAGAUUUCGAUCCGCGUUUUAAAAGUGCAGAUACUUAUGAUAAAAAAUUUCAUUAACAAUGUUACAAAUAUUUUUUUAAUUUGUAAGAUUUUUUCUAUUUAAAAAAAAAUCAUUUAAAUCAUCGUUUUUAAACCUGGCCCAACCCGGUACUUGAAUGGUAAACAUGGUGAUCCAAUAUGUAACCUAAUUUAGAUUUUAAGAAAUAUCCGUUAUUUAAAAACCAAAUAAAACACUAAAGUUUGAGGCUAAGCGGUUAAACCGAUGGGUACCUGAUAUGGAAUCCAAUAUUGUAAUAAUUGUAUGUUCAUAUGAAUAUAGUUAUAUGAAAAUCAAAAUAUUAUAAUCGGUUAUGUUUAUUUUAAAAUAUUUAAAAUUGAAAUGAGGUAUAAUUAAUCUUUUUAAUUUGUCUCAUGUUGUAAAAAUAAAGAAAAAUAAAGUUGUCUCACAUUAAUUGAUUAAUGCUUAUUUUAAAAUUAUUUUAAUAUGUUAUAAUAAAAAUUAUCAAAUAUUUUGGUCAAUUUAUUUUGUAUUUUAUAAUUAUUUUGUAUGUCUCAUAGAAUAACCCACAAAACUUUUAAGCGUAAAAACACCAAGCAUAAUUUGUAAUAAUAUAAUCAAAUAUUAUAAAUAUUAUUGUAAUAUAUUCUAAAUAGAAAUAUUUCACCUAUUUAAAAACACAACCUAUCGAAAUAUAAGAUUUUGUUUAUUCAGUAUGGAUUGGGUUCGGUUCUCCAAAAACCAAAAUUUUGAAUAAUUCGGAUAUUUAAUCAAUUUUGGUUUGGGUUUGGUACUACUUUUUCGGAUCGAGAUAGGUUUGGUUCUUCAGAUUCGGGUAUUUUGCCUAACCCUUAUAUUAUUGACAUGAAAAAAAAUAGAAAAAUAUUUUUGAAAAACAUACCCGUGCGGGCGCGGAGAUCAAAGUCUAGUGUGUAAUUAUAGAUUUAGCAGCAAUCAAAUAUUAAUUGUUUUGGUCAAAAAUAAUGAAUGUUGUUAUCUAAAUAUAUGAAUGAUAUUCCCUUGUAAAUAACUUAAAAAGUUAAUGGCAGAAUCCUAAUAGGUAUUUUACUUUAAUAGUAUAAAAUUUAUUUUUAAAACUAACAAAUAAAUGUAAAAAGUAAAACAAAAAUAUAUUAAUUUUUACUGUGUGAAAACUGUAGAAUAUCAAUUUUCACAUAUAAAAAAUUAUAUAGUAAUUUUUCCAUGGUAAGCAAAUCUUUUCAAGGAUUCCUUUCCACGGACCGUUGGUCUUAUGUUCCCAAACACACGACUAGGGCAGUAGGGCUUGUUUUGAGAUUUAUGGCGCAUGAAACUAUUACGGUAUAAAAACUGGAUAAUCUAUGCAUAUAUAUAUUUUAGAUAGUUUGGGGAUCGGAUGAUCCAUGGACGCUUUAAAUCCACAUUGUUGCUGAUAGUCCAUAGCUCGAGUUCAAGAUCUUCCGCCCGUUGUUUGAGUGGCAAACUUUGAUUGAUGUUUGCAGUGCCGUCCCAAAGAUUUAUGAGGCUUAAAGCCUGUCAAAUAAUGUGGUCCUUCAUAAAAAUUACCAAUAAAAAAUGAAUUUAAAACUGGUUGUGGUUGAGCUAGAGACCAAAAAGGUCUAAUAUCUCUUACUUUUCCCAUCUAAAUUACAAGUAAUUUUUGAAAAUGUGGCAAUACUUUUUGUAUUUAUAAUAUGUGGCCUGAAGCCAAUGCUUCAUUGGCCUUAUAGAAGGGACGGGCCUGGAUGUUUGCACCCUAUAUGUAGAAGAGUUUCUCCUAAUUAAUUAAUUAAUUAAUAUAUAAAAAAAACUCCAACAAAAUAUAAAAUAUAAAAAAAAAUUAAGGAAGAGGAGAGAUAAGUUGAUAAAAAAAUAUCAACGCGUUUUCUCCCUUUUCUCUCUGCGCCUGAAUCUUAAUGCGUGAACUCCGACCGGCGCGUGGUGGCUCCGUGAGCACCGUCGCCGGUCACAAUCACAAUCUCUGUCUUUUCUCCUCAUUGCUUGAUUCUAGUUCGGUUUGUGACUAAGGCUCAAUUUUGAGAGAUAUGCUUCCUUUCAAAUCAAUGAAACCCUAGAUCUGUUGUAGAUUUUUGAUAAAAACUCUGGAUCUGAUGAUUCACGGUGUGGCCUAGCCACAAAACUCUUGUUUAGAAAUCUACGCCUAGAUUUGGUGUGUUUUGUUGUGGUGCCUAUCUCUGGAUUUCUUGUGUGGUUUGCUUCUUUUCAGGUAUUAUCUAAGUGGGUGGAGUUUGCUGUGGAUUCCUCUGAUCGUCUUUAUGCUGUUCGUGGCCUGUGUUAUUGAUGUUCCGGAUUAGGUGGGCUUUGCUCCUAGUUGUUUGUUCAGAUCUUGUGGAGGUUUGAUUUUGGUGUGGCUUCAUUCCUUGGUGUUGCUCAUACGCAUACGACUCAUCCGUUUCUAGAGGUUGAUUGAAUCUGAAGGAUUCUCCCUCACUCGUUGGUGAAGCUUCUGUUACUUGGUUCUUGAGGUUCUUGAGGUGUUUCCUCGGUGUACUAGGAGGGAUUGGUUUUACGGUGGUUUGGCCAGGGGCAUUCCCAUUUAACAGCUUUCAUAGAUUCUUUAUCUUUUAGAUGUCUCUGUUUUGUUGAGUUUGCUAUCAAUGGUCCUCGAGUCUUGUUGUUUAGUCUAAAGUGUUGGUCUGUAAGUGCCAUGGUUUGUUAUUGUAUGGGCUUCUGCUAUCCUUUAUGGGUUUUAGGUUCUGGAGAUAUGGUGUUGUCUGCCGGCUUAGCUAACCACAUACAUAUCUUCGUC